AUGAUGCUUGGACGCAUUGCUUUCAUCGCGUCCUGUGCAACGGUAUUCACAGGAACUGCGUAUGUCGUUGGCGUAGCCCUUAGUCCUCCUCCAUCUUAUACCGUAAGUAAUCAGCAGCGUCUCCAGCAGUACAACACUCUAGCACAUGGUAGCACCUACGAGAAAAAGACACGCGGGCAGGAAUUUUACUUGGGUAUCAGCCGCUGGAGGCGAAGGCUUCUGCGGGAAGAAGGCUUAGUGCGUGGCCGUGUCUUAGAGGUGGGUGCGGGAUGUGGUGGUAUUACGUCGUACUACGAUGCGGUGCUGCAGCCUCAAUCCGCCACUACCCACAAGGCUCUGGGAGAAGAGAAGAAGGCAGAUGUAGUAAACAGUGCCGAUACGGUGGAGGUGAUAUUGAGUGAUCGCUCCCCUGGAAUGGUGGAAGCAGCAGCUCAGCAGAUUCAACAACGCUACGGUUACUCUCCAUAUCGUUACCCCGACUACGACGUCACGGGCAUUCUCGAUGCGGUAAAAGGGUAUCGUGAAAAAGAAGGCACGAGCUCGAUUGGUUCCACACUGGGACAUCAUGAUGGGGAGCCGCAGCGCACCAUAAGAAGCGGUGUCGUAAAGCGGAAGGUAGUUCACUCUGAUGGUAGCAUUAUGGAGGUGUCGUCUACACCGCUUGUCGAUGAUGAAGGCUACGCUAUCGCGGGAGAAACAGUGGCCCCCAUAUUGCAGGGUACCCUCCCUGGAAACAUGCUACCGCUCCUUUCUAAGGAAGGUCGGGCGGAACUCCAGCGACGCAACGCGGAGAAGGAGACGGCGCAACAGCUAAAGGAUGGGGAACAAGCAAAUAGGCAAAUGUUUGCUGUGGCAAAUUACGCAGCUGAACAACUCCCCUUCGAGAACGAUACGUUCGAUACAGUCGUGGAUAUGUUCGGUCUCUGCAGUUUUGAUGACCCUGUACGUGCGCUGAGGGAGAUGUCGCGUGUUUGCAAGCCGAGUGGGCAUCUUCUUCUGCUUGAGCACGGCAAAGGGCGAUGGUCACGCUUGAACGAUUAUCUAGAUAAGUGGGCGCCGCGCCACGCAAAGAUGUGGGGAUGUUGGUGGAACCGUGAUAUACGACGGUACAUGCGCCUCGCGGGUCUGACCGUUCUUAAAACAGAAGAAAAGCACUUUGGGACAUCACAGUACAUCGUGGCGAGGCCGUUCAAAACGAUGGAUGAAUGGGAAGCAUAUAAUUCCAAGAGCAUGAGGGAAUAA